GCCAUGUCGCUCAGCCCCAAGCACACGACGCCCUUCUCCGUCUCCGACAUCCUCAGCCCCAUGGAAGAGACCUACAAGAAGUUCGGCGCCAUGGAGGGCAGCUUGGGCGCCCCAUUGGGGGUGGGCGCCGCCGCCUACCGGCAGCCCCAAAACGCGGCCCUCCAACCGCAGCAGCAGCACCCCAUGGCUGGCCACAAUGCCGCCGCCUACCACCCCAUGGCACACGCCGGAGUCUCGCAGUUUGCCCACGGCCCCGUGGCAGGCUACUGCAACGGCGGGCUCGGCAACGUGGGCGACCUGGCGCCCUAUCCAGACACCGUGCGCAGUAGCGCAGCCGCCUCCGGCUGGUACGGAGCCAACGCGGAUCCGCGCUACCCCACGAUUUCCAGGUUGAUGGCCCCGUCGGGGGGCAUGAACGUGGCCGGCAUGGGCGCUUUGUCGGGCAUCGCCGAAGCUGCCAAGUCCAUGGCCCCCGGGCUCCACGCCGCACCGCGGAGGAAGAGGAGGGUGCUCUUCUCGCAAGCGCAAGUCUACGAGCUGGAGAGGCGCUUCAAGCAGCAAAAGUACUUGUCGGCGCCCGAGAGGGAGCACCUGGCCAGCCUGAUCCACCUCACGCCCACCCAGGUGAAGAUCUGGUUCCAGAACCAUCGCUACAAGAUGAAGCGGCAAGCCAAGGACAAGGCCGGGCAGCCGCUGCAGCAGCCGCCCGAGGGACCCAGCCUGUGCCAGCAGCAGACGCAGCCCCAGUCGGCGUCCCCGAGGCGCGUGGCGGUGCCGGUCUUGGUGAAAGACGGCAAGCCCUGUCCGCAUAGCACAACCGCCGCCGCCGGCCAGCCAGGCGGACAAGCCCCCAGCGCCAGUGUCAGCGGGGCGGGCGGCAGUGCCGCCCAGCACCAGCACCAUAACGCCCAUCAACAGGUGACCUCCCUGAGCCAGGCGUCCGACCUGGAGGAGAUGUCCCCCAGCCCGCCUUCCUUGCACAGCCAAGUGGGCGCCCUGGCGCAGAUGGACGCUGCCGCCGUCGAUUACAACAGUGGCAUGGUCAACGCCAGCUUGCUCUAUGGUCGGACAUGGUAA